UCUCGUACAAAUUUUCCGGUCUAAAACUGUGAUGUAAACUUUAAAAUUGUGCAAUUAAUAACAUAAACUACAUGUCUUUGCAGGUGUUAAAUAGAUUUUAUAAAUUUACCUUCAAAUUCCAUCAAUUGAAGCCGCUAUUAGCAGUGCAAUAUCAAGAAUUUGCCAGCGUAGCAGUAAAACGAAAAGAAAAAAAUUUGCUAAAAAGUGGUGAAAUCAUCAAGUUUUCUAACGAUUUUAUACAAGAAAGUAAACGUUAUAAAAGUUCUGUACAGGCUUCAGUAAAGUGGGGCAGUAAAAAGUCCAAAAGAAACGUUAGAUUGCAAUUGAAAGAUAUGACUACCCCCGAAAUGGAAGAGCAAUUGGCUCCUUUGAGAGCUUUGGUUUUGGAGCAGGGUAAUUUGGUGCGUGAAUUGAAAGCGAAUGGUGCUGCUGAAAUUGAUGUUAAGAAAGCAGUAGCUGAGUUGAAAUUACGCAAAAAGGCUUUGGAAGAUAAAGAAUUGGAAUUGACGCCCAAUGUGGUGAAUUUUGAUCGUUCCAAAAUGGAGGAUUUGCUCAAGCGUAGAUUCUUCUAUGACCAAAGUUUUGCUAUCUAUGGUGGUAUAACCGGCCAGUAUGAUUUUGGUCCCAUGGGCUGUGCUUUGAAAUCGAAUAUAUUGUCUUUGUGGAGACAGUUUUUCUCCUUGGAAGAACAAAUGUUGGAGGUGGAUUGUUCUAUAUUAACGCCAGAGCCUGUGUUAAAAGCUUCCGGUCAUGUGGAUCGUUUUGCUGAUUUGAUGGUUAAGGAUGUUAAGACCGGUGAAUGUUUUCGUUUGGAUCAUUUGAUUAAAAAUGCCUUGGAAAAGUUGUCUAAAGAAAAGACAGCCACCGCUGAACUUAAGGCCGAGUGUGAGGAUAUUGUUAUUAAAUUGGACGGCAUGAAUAAGCAAGAAAUGGCUGAUAUAUUGCAAAAAUUCAAUAUUAAAUCUCCCCUAACCGGCAAUGAUUUGACCGAACCCAUAGAGUUUAACCUGAUGUUUGCCACCCAAAUUGGUCCCACUGGUUUGGUAAAGGGUUUCUUGCGUCCCGAGACUGCUCAGGGUAUUUUUGUCAAUUUCAAACGUUUAUUGGAAUUCAAUCAGGGCAAACUACCCUUUGCUGUGGCCCAAAUUGGAAACUCUUUCCGUAAUGAAAUUUCUCCUCGUUCCGGUUUGAUAAGAGUAAGAGAAUUCACCAUGGCAGAGAUAGAACAUUUCUGUGAUCCUGCCCAAAAAGAUCAUCCUAAAUUCGAGUUAGUAGCCAACACUAUGAUGACUUUGUAUUCUGCAUGCAAUCAAAUGGAUGGUAAAUCGGCUCAAAAGUUAAGCAUAGGCGAAGCUGUCAAGACCGGUCUAGUGGCCAAUGAAACUUUGGGUUACUAUAUGGCUCGCAUACAUCAAUUUUUGCUGACUAUUGGCAUUAAGCCAGAGUGCUUGCGUUUCCGCCAGCAUAUGGGCAAUGAAAUGGCUCAUUAUGCUUGCGAUUGCUGGGAUGCUGAAUGUUUGACCAGUUAUGGUUGGGUAGAAUGUGUUGGCUGUGCUGAUCGUUCUGCCUAUGAUUUAAGUCAACAUAUGCAGGCUACUGGUGUCAGAUUGGUGGCCGAGAAACGUUUGCCAGCUCCCAAAACUGUGGAAGUUUCCGAAAUUGUACCCAAUAAGCAAACUUUGGGUAAAACUUUCAAAAAGGAUGCUAAAGCCAUCACCGAUGCUUUGGCUAAGUUAUCUUUGGAGGACAUCAAAUCAGUGGAACAACAAUUAAACGAUUCCAAGGAAUAUACUCUUAAUGUAGCAGAGGGUGCCACCUUCAAACUUACUCCUGAUACCAUUUCCGUCAAACACUCUUCGAAAACGGUGCACGUUGAAGAAAUCAUACCCAGUGUGGUGGAACCUUCGUUUGGCAUUGGACGUAUUAUGUAUGCAUUGUUGGAACAGAAUUUCCUUUGUCGUGAUGGUGAUGAACAACGCUGCUAUUUCACUUUGCCCUCGGUGGUGGCUCCCUUGAAAUGCUCCAUUUUGCCUUUAUCCAAUAAUGCUGAAUUCCAACCUUUUACACGUCAACUCUCACAAGCCUUAACCAAGGCCGAGUUAUCACACAAAGUUGAUGAUUCCAGUGGCUCUAUUGGUCGCCGUUAUGCUCGUACCGAUGAGAUAGCCAUACCUUUUGGUAUUACAGUCGAUUUUGACACUCUACAAGAACCGCACACGGUCACUUUAAGAGAUCGAAAUAGCAUGAAACAGGUUCGUGUCGAUAUGUCGGAAGUAAUUGACGUAGUCAAGAAUUUGUCCACUGGCAAGCUACAAUGGUCUCAAGUUUUGGAGAAAUAUCCUUUGUUCGAACAGCAAGAGGCUACCAAGUAAAUGUGUUCGAAGACUUUUUACACAUUUUCUUUUUAAUAUUAUUUUAAGUUUCUUUUUGGUUUUUUAUUGCUUUUUUGAUUAAUACGGCAUUUUUAUAAACAUUUAUUAUUAUUAAAAAUUAUAGUUUAACUU